CCACGGCAACUGUAGUGGAGAGGAAAAAAUAGGAAAGAAGCAUAAUUAAAUGACUGGGCCUGUACCUGGAAUGUCCAGCAGGGGCCGCUCCACAGCAACUGCAGUGGAGAAAACAGUACAUGAAGAAGUGGCAAUUAGCUGGGUUAGCCGCUACCCACAUGGAAAACGGGAAGCAAUGCUCCUGCACCUGGAAUCUCCAGCAGGAGUUGCUUCACUACAGCUAUGGCGGCGCGCAGUAGCGCAGCGGCUUCUCACGCUCCGAGCAUACACCCUGUUUUGAGCUGUUUUUACGUCGGUUCUGAACCCAACUUCACACGCUCCACGCGUGUGAGUUAUAGCAGAACCGAACUUUUGAGGAUUAAGGACAGUUUGGCCAGAAAAACAGCAAUAAUAGACAAUAAUAUCAGAGCUACGCUGGGCAGGCUGAAGCUCCUACGAGUGCCAGUUUGGGGGAGCAGAGCGCCGCAGACAAAAAGCUUUUCCUGUCUAACGUCCGCUCUCUGGAUAACAAGCUGCACCUGCUGCGGCUGAGGAUGAAUGUUUCUGAGGAGAUGAGGAACUGCGCUGUGAUUUGUCUCACGGAAACCUGGCUGAACCACACCAUGCCGGACUCAGCCUUCCAGCUCGCCGGCCGGCAGCUCUUCCGAGCGGACCGCAACCGGCUAUCCAGGAAAGCCCGGGGGGCGGCUUGUGCGUCUACAUAAACAAAGGUUGGUGCACAAACUGCGUGUUGGUAAACAGCCACUGCUCCAAGGCGACAGAACAGCUGACUGUGAAGUGUCGGCCUCACUAUCUGCCUCGUGAGUAUUCGGCAGUGUUUUUGAUCGCUAUUUACAUAGCACCGGAUGUUAAUGCUAACAACGCGCUGAAGGAGCUUUAUGACAACAUCAGCUCGCUUCAGAACAAGCAUCCGGAGGUGUUCUACGUGGUAGCGGGGGAUUUUAACCACGUAGAACUGAAGAACACCCUGCCGAGGUUUUACCAACACAUCAACAUCCCAAUGCGAGGUAAUAACACGCUGGACCGUGUUUACACCAACGUGAGGGAUGCGUACAGAGCCUUCCCCCGCCCCCACCUCGGGCUCUCCGACCACAUCUCCAUCAUGCUGGCCCCUGCAUACCACCCCCCACUGCGUCGCUCCAAACCCACACAGAAGACCAUCACUGUGUGGCCCAGUGACGGCAACGCUGUGCUGCAGGACUGCUUCAGCUGCACAGACUGGCAGGUCUUCAGGGAGGCUGCUGAGUGUGAGGGGGAGCUGGACCUGGAGGAGUACACAUCUGCUGUUCUCGGGUACAUCAGCAAGUGCACGGAGGAUGUCACUACCACCAAGGCUGAACGCAGAGGUGCGUUCUCUGCUGAAAGGCAGGGAUGCUGCCUUCAGGUCUGGGGAUUCAGACUUGGAGUCAAGAGGGCAAAAGCAGCAUAUGCUCUGAAAAUCCAGGGACACUUUUCCUCCCAGGAUCCACAGAGUAUGUGGAGGGGCAUCAAGUGCAUCACGGACUACAAAUCCAACGUUGCAAAAAGCUCCAAAGACCCAUCCCUGCCUGAGGCUCUCAACAAGUUCUACGCCCGCUUUGAGAAUCCUGACACCCCCCCCAGCACCAAACUCACACACUCACCAGGAGAGGAGCCCCUCAGCGUGACACCAGCAUAAGUAAGGAGGACGCUGAGGAGGAUCAACCCCCGGAAAGCUGCUGGCCCGGACAACAUCCCCGGAAGGGUGCUAAGAGACAGCGCCGACCAGCUCUCGGACGUCCUGGCGGACAUCUUUAAUGGCUCCCUCAUCCAGGCAGCAGUCCCCUCUUGCAUGAAGACUGCCACCAUCAUCCCGGUCCCCAAGAGCUCUGCAGUGACGGGUCUGAAUGACUACCGGCCAGUGGCCCUCAUGCCGAUAGUAACAAAGUGCUUUGAAAGACUGGUUCAGACCCACAUCAAAGCCACCAUCAACGUCACUGUGGAUCCACACCAGUAUGUGUACAGGAGGAAUCAAUCAACAGAGGAUGCCAUCUCCUCUGUGGUCCACACUGUGGAUUCCUAUGUUCGUAUGCUCUUUGUGGACUUCACAUCUGCUUUCAACACCAUGA